CAUGCACAAAGAAUACACGAAUUUAAAUAAUAAAGUUGCACCAUUUUCGUGUACGUAUUGUACGAAGCAAUUUUGUACAAAAAAUUCUUUAGCUAAACAUAGGAUACGUAUCCAUAAUAUAAGGCGAAGUAAUAUUAAAUGCGGCGAAGACGAAUGCCGGGAACUAUUUCCUACUACAGGAGAUUUAAGAUCUCACUUAGAGACUUGCCAUAAUUACAGCAAUAUGACCAAAUGUAUAAAACUGGAGUUUCAAAAAAAGCAAGACUUUUAUUCAUGGCUAUCGGAUGAAGAAAGAAAAACAAAGACUCAUUUUGUGGUAGAUUCAUCUGGGCAGAAACAUAAAAAUUACACCAGGACGCUGUUUUGCUGUAAUAGAAGUGGGACAUACAAAGCAAAAGGCAAAGGUGAAAGACAGCUAAAAGCACAAGGGACUUCCAAAACAGGUUUCUCUUGCACAGCUACUGUCAUACUAAAAGAUUUUGGCAAUCGUUUUGAAGCUGUAUAUUUUAAAGAACAUUACAAGCAUGAAAAAUCCCUUUGUCAUCUCCCUAUUCCUAAACAAGAAAAGCAAAGUAUAGCAGGUAAAUUAUUGCAGGGGGUGGAAGAGAAACGAAUUUUGCAAGAUGCAAGAUUCUCUUCGAGAGAUGAUAUUGAAACAAAACAGUUAAUAACGAGAAAAGACCUGCAUAACAUUAAGAGGGAUUUUGGUCUGAGCAUUAAUUCUAAAGGAUUAAUUUUAACAGAUGAUGAGACAAGUGUUUGGUCCUGGGUUAAUACGAUGUCGCAAAUGGAAUUCAACCCCGUUCUGAUGUAUAAACGUCAAGGAGAAAAAUAUGCAAAUGUAAACGAAAAUGAUUUCAUGUUAGCAAUAAUGACAGAAUUUCAAAAAAAAAAAAAAAUGUUGAUAGAAUUUGGUAAUGAUAGAAUCUGUAUUGAUUCUACACAUGGAAUUUCUGCUUAUGGAUUUGAACUUGUAACAUUGCUUGUCGUUGAUAAGUAUGAAGAGGGCAUACCAGUUGCUUUCUUAAUAUCAUCAACAGUAUCAGAAAAAAUUUUGGUAAACUUUUUUAACUGCAUCAAAAAGAUCAUUGAUAUCAAGCCAAAGGUUUUCAUGAGCGAUGAUGCUCCCAUGUUCUAUAAUGCAUGGGAGCAUACAUUUGGUUCUUGCCAAAAAUUAUUAUGUGCUUGGCAUGUGGACAGAGCAUGGAAAGGUCAUUUGAAUUCUGUGCCAAAACAUAAAAGACAAGCAGUGUACAAAACUUUAAAAACUUUAAUGUAUGAAUUAGAUGAAGAAAUGUUCAACAAAAUGUUAGAAACAUUUUCUGAGCAACUAUGUGAAGAUGAAAGACACGCGAGAAUUCCAUAA